AGAGUAUCAUAUGAAGAGUGGCUGCAAACCGAAAAUAGCUUACUGCUUUUACACACUCUUCCCCAUUGUGUUUCCAUUAUUCCCAAUCCCUUGCUAUUCCUUUAUAUUACUGGCACUACCUAUUCUCAUCCUUAUUUCAUAGCAAAUUCCUGUACAAGAGGAAAAUGACCAAGAUCUUUGUGCUGUUGCUAUGUCUGCUCUUAGCAUCUUCUGGGUUUGUCAAUGGCUCUGUUAAGAAGGAAAAGAUUGGAAUUUUUGAGCUCAGAAAAGGUGACAUUUCCUUGAAGGUCACCAACUGGGGUGCAUCCAUUUUGUCCCUUGUUCUUCCAGAUAAGACUGGAAAGUUGGGUGAUAUUGUUCUUGGAUAUGAUUCAAUUAAGGAUUACAAGAAUGAUUCAACAUACUUUGGAGCUACUGUUGGCCGGGUUGCUAACAGAGUUGGAGGAGCUCAGUUUACUCUAAAUGGAAUCCAUUACAAAUUAGUUGCUAAUGAAGGAAAUAAUACACUUCAUGGUGGAUUAAGAGGAUUUAGUGAUGUUCUUUGGAGUGUGACAAGGUAUCAUAGAGAAGGUCCAAGUCCCAGUAUUACUUUCAGUUACCACAGUUUUGAUGGUGAACAAGGAUUCCCUGGUGAUCUCCUAGUGACUGUGAGCUACAUUCUAACUGGGAAAAAUCAAUUGGUCAUAAUUAUGAAAGGAAAAGCAUUAAACAAGCCUACUCCAGUGAAUCUGGCCAAUCAUGCUUAUUGGAACCUAGGGGGCCAAAACAGUGGCAAUAUUCUGAAUGAGGUGGUGCAGAUCUUUGGUUCCAAAAUCACAGUUGUUGACAGCAAACUCAUUCCCACAGGCAAAUUUGCUUCUGUGAAAGGAACUGCAUAUGAUUUCCUCAAGCCGCAUACUAUUGGAAGCAGGAUCAACCAGCUAGCUGAAACUAAAGGUUAUGACAUAAAUUAUGUGUUGGAUGGUGAGAAAGGCAAAAAGAUCAAGCUAGCAGCUAUAGUGCAGGAUAAGAAAUCAGGGAGAGUGUUGGAGUUGUACACAAGUGCUCCUGGUUUGCAGUUUUAUACAGGUAACUAUGUUAAGGAUGUGAAGGGAAAAGGUGGAUUUGUGUACCAAUCUCAUGCAGGACUGUGUUUGGAGAGUCAAGCUUUCCCUGAUUCAGUGAAUCAUCCUAAUUUUCCUUCAACAAUUGUGACCCCAGAAAAGCCUUACAAACAUUACAUGCUUUUUAAGUUUUCCACUAAAGCUCCCCAUGAGUUCAAAGAGACCUAAAAAUUGGACCUUCUCCCCAUUUCUAAUAUACCAUGGUAAAUCAGUGUAAUAUAACCCUGAAUUUCAUCCAAACUUGGGUUCUGAAUAAUUAGUGACCCAUAGAAUUGUGGCUCUUUAGAACUUUUUCAAGGUGUUUCUCUUGACAAAUCUUGGUUCUGAUUUGUUGCUUUUAGUUUAUAUUAAUUAUGUAUGACUGAUGCAGAACUCUUUUCUUAGUUCAAAUGUGAAGUAUUUUUAAUAAAAAUUCCAUCUUUGUU